AAACCCAGCCGCUGCUGCUGCCGCUGCUGCUGUUGCUGCUGUUGUUGUUGCUGUUCUUGCUGCUGCUGCUGUUACUGCUGCUGUUGCUGCUGCUGUUCUUGCUGCUGCUGCUGUUACUGCUGCUGCUGCUCCUGCUGCUGCUCCUGCUGCUGCUCUUGCUGCUGUUCUUGUUGCUGCUGCUGUUACUGCUGCUGCUGCUCCUGCUGUUGCUCUUGCUGCUGUUCUUGUUGCUGCUGCUGUUACUGCUGUUGCUCUUGCUGCUGCUCCUGCUGUUUUUGCUGCUGCUGCUCCUGCUGCUGCUGUUACUGCUGCUGUUCUUGCUGUUGCUACUGCUCCUGCUGCUGCUCUUGCUGCUGCUCCUGCUGCUGCUGCUGUUGUUGUUGUUGUUACUGCUGUUACUGCUGCUGCUCUUGCUACUGCUGCUGCUGUUACUGCUGUUGCUCUUGCUGCCGCUGCUGCUGUUCUUGCUGCUGCUGCUGCUAACUCGUCAUCCACGCUCCUCCUGUGAGCGCUUCUGGUUUUGCCCGGGCCGUCACAGGCAAGCGGAGCGGCGGCGUUGGUGGUGAUGAUAGUGGUGGUGAUGGUGGUGAUGAUGGUGGUGAUGGGAGAUGCCUCUCAACAGAUCUACGUCGUCUAAGUGACAAAGGCUACCCUCAACCAGGCCUCGAAUAUCAGCGACCACCUUCACCAUCAUCACCACCACCAUCAUCAACCACACUACACAGAGAGACACUGCACCAACCACUACCACCAUCAUCACCACCACCCCAUUUAUCAUCACCACCUCAUCCAUCUUCACCACCAUCAUAAACUACCAUCACCACCACUACCACGACCAUCAUCAUCUCCACCAACCACCAUCAUCACCACCACCUCAUCCACUACCACCACCUCCACCACCAUCAUCAUCUCCAUCAACCACCAUCAUCAUCACAACCCCAUCCAUCAUCACCACCACCAUCAUAAACCACCAUCAUCACCACCACCACAACCACCCACCUCAUCCACUACCACCACCACCUCCUCCUGCCUACCACCACCGCCGUGGUGAGACGAUGGCAGCUUCGAGGAGGUCCAUGAUGCCCGGCGCCCUCCACACGGACUUCUACCAGUUCACCAUGGCCUACGCGCUGUGGCGGUCCGGCAGAGCUUGUGCCAGGGCCUGCUUCGAGGCCUCGUUCCGCCGCGCGCCCUUUGGGGGCGGCGCGGCCCUCAGCGCGGGUCUCGCCGACUGCGUGGCCUUCAUCCAGGCCUUCCGCAUCGACGCCGAGGACAUCGACUUCCUGCGCGCUCACCUCCCCGAUCACGUGCCCGACGAAUUCUACGCGUUCCUGUCCGGGCUGGAUGCCUCCGAUGUGGUUCUGCACGCCCUGCAAGAAGGGACUGUCGCCUUUCCUCAGGUUCCCCUGCUGCGCGUGGACGGCCCCCUGUGUUUGUUGCAACUCCUGGAGACGCCGCUGCUCAACUUCAUCAACUACGCCAGCCUGGUGGCCACGAACGCGGCACGCUUCCGCUUGGCCGCCGGCAGCCAUGUGGAGCUCAUGGAGUUGGGCCUCAGGAGAGCCCAGGGCCCAGACGGGGCCCUCUCCGCCUCGCGCUACGCCUACCUGGGAGGGUUCGACGCGACAAGCAACGUCCUUGCGGCCCAGGUGCACGGCGUGCCGCUAGCGGGGACGCAGGCUCACUCCUACAUCACGGCCUUCAGCGGCCUCCACGACCUCACCGACCGGGAGCUGGCCGUGCCGGACGGGGGGCCGACGGUUGACCUGGUGGCGCUGUCCUUGGAGUGGCGUCGGCGCGUCUGCUCGCUGCUGGGCCGCGCCGAGCGCGACGCCCGCGACGCGGAGCUCGCCGCGUUCGUCUCCUACGCCCAGGCCUUCCCGCGCAGGCUGCUGCUGCUGGUCGACACCUACAGCGUGCACAGCAGCGGCGUGGUGAACUUCUGCGCUGUGGCGCUGGCGCUGGCGGCGCUGGGGCUGCGGGCCGUGGGCGUGAGGCUGGACAGCGGGGACCUCGCGCGGCAGUCGCUUGACGUGCGAGCGGCCUUCCGCCGCUGCGCCCAGAGGUGA